AGCAAGAACCAGCAUAUUCUCAAUAAUCAGAAUCCAUCAGUACUCGAAACUGUAACAAUCUUCAAGUCCUUCAGCGACCAAUCCCUCAAGAAAUCAACAAUCAUGAAGUGCAUCGCAGCUGUAGUCAUGAUGGCCCUGGCCGUUGUUGCUGAAGGAGGUGCCGUGUCCUACUCGGUCCCACUGGCUUAUUCUGCUCCUCACACCACCGUUGUCCAGCAGAAUGUGGCUCCUCGGUAUGUCGCAUCGGUUCCGGUGACCACCUAUGCUGCUGCCCCGGUUGCCUACUCCGCUCCACACACCACCGUCUUCCAAUCCAGCGUUGUCCCACGUUAUGCCUCCCCGGUGGCCUAUGCUGCUUCCCCAGUGGCCUAUGCUGCUUCCCCGGUUCUGGCCUACAACUCGUACGAUUCGGAUGUCGUUGAAGCCACUCACGUAGUUGCCCCAGCUGCCACCGUUUUUGCUCAGCCAGCCGUGGCCGUCGUUGCCCAGCAGGAAGCUCGCUAUGUGGCCGCCAACCGAGGAGCCGUCCAUGAUGCCCCACUCGCCGGACACACCGUUUCGCAGCAGUCGCUGAACCUGGAACCAGCUGCGGGAACCGUUUGAAGCGAUUGUAGUUUUGAUAUCUGAUCCC